AUGUCUGAAGAUAAGUCGCAGUUGAAGAUCAGGUUUUUUACCCGUGAGAAAGAUGAAUCGCUUCAAGUUGAAGAUAAUCCAAUGUAUGUCCCCAUCACAUUAAAGAGGUAUGGUCUUUCUGAAAUUGUGAAUCAUUUGUUGGAAAAUUCCACUCCUACCCCAUUUGAUUUCCUUAUUGAUGGUGAAUUGUUACGUACAUCCUUACAAGAAUAUCUUGUCAAGAAGGGUUUAUCCUCAGAAACGUCAUUGAAUGUGGAAUACACAAGAGCUAUCCUCCCACCCUCAUUUCUUUCCAGUUUCAAUAAUGAAGACUGGAUCAGUUCCAUAGAUGUCUCUCAAGACAAAAAGGCAAUCAUUACUGCUUCAUAUGAUGGUGUGAUUCGGACGUGGAAUUUGAGCGGGAAAGUCCAAAAGCAAUAUUCAGGUCAUUCUGGUCCAAUUAGGGCAGUAAAGUUUAUUUCUGAUACCAGACUAGUAUCAGCUGGGAAUGAUAGGACGUUGCGUCUAUGGAAGACCAAGAACAAUGACUCUGUCGUUCAACACUUCGAUGAGGAAGAUGAAGAGGCAAACAUUGAAGAUGGAAAAACGUUAGCUAUAUUAGAAGGCCAUAAGGCACCAGUAGUAUCAUUAGAUGUAUCUAACACAUCUAGAAUUCUUUCUUCGUCAUAUGAUAACUCUAUUGGUUUGUGGUCCACCAUUUAUAAGGAAAUGACAGUUGUAGAUCCCAUGGAAGAAAUAAAUAAUGCUGAUAAUAAGAUUUCAACUGCCGCUAGAAAGAGAAGAAAGUUGACAUUGAAGGAUGGUACCAUCAGAAGACGCGCUCCAUUGUCGUUAUUGGAAUCACACACUGCACCAGUAGAACAAGCCAGUUUUGAUAUAAAUGAUGAUACAGUUGGUUAUUCGGUGUCGCAAGAUCAUACAAUUAAAACUUGGGAUUUAGUGACAGCAAGGUGCAUUGAUACAAAGACUACUUCGUAUUCCUUAUUAUCGCUGACUCAAUUACCAACAUUAAAUCUUCUAGCUUGUGGGUCUAGUGCAAGACAUAUUACCUUACAUGACCCACGUAUGGGUGCAUCAUCAAAAGUAACACAGCACCAAUUAAUUGGCCAUAAAAAUUUUGUUGUUUCUCUAGAUACCUGUCCCGAAAAUGAAUAUAUAUUGUGUUCUGGUUCUCAUGAUGGAACUGUGAAAGUAUGGGAUGUCAGAUCCACAGCACCAAUGUAUACCAUAACAAGGGAGGAUAAGAAUGUGGAAAAGGGAGUAAAUGAUAAAGUUUUCGCUGUAAGAUGGGCAGAAAAAAUUGGUAUUAUUAGUGGUGGUCAAGAUAAGAAAAUUCAAAUAAAUAAAGGUGAUAACAUCUUUAAGAAAUAG